AUGUCUUCUAAAACAAAUAUUUUCUAUAUAAUAUUGAUUGGAUUUAUAAUAUUAUUAAACAUUGAUAGUUCAUCAUCAGACCACGAAUCACACCAUGAUGAUCAUCAUGAUGAAAGAGGAGCUCAAUGUUUUUCUGGUGAUUCAUUAAUUAAAUUAUCAAAUGGUGAAUAUAAAGAAAUUGGUAAUCUUCAAUCUAGUGAUGAAAUAAUAACUAUUGAUCAAUCAAAAAUAAUUUCAACAGAAAUGAUAGUGAUGUUAGAUAAACAAAUUUCAAAACAAGCAUUAUUUUAUACGUUAAGAACAGAUUCUGGUAAUGAAAUAAGUUUAACAGAAUAUCAUUUAAUCCCAACAAUAAAUUCAAAUGGAAAUGAAAAUUAUUUAUUUGCAAAACAAAUUAAAAUAGGAGAUUAUUUAUUUGUUCUACUUAAUGGAAAAUUAAAAUAUUCUCCAGUAAUAAAUAUAACAAUUGAAAUGAAAAAAGGUUAUUAUGCUCCAUUAACAAUGAAAGGUACUUUAUUAAUAAACAAUGUUUUAGCAAGUUGUUUUGCAAAUGUUAACAAUCAUCAUUUAGCACAAUAUUAUAUGACACCUCUUCGUUAUUAUUAUAAAUUUGCUCGAUUUAUGUCUUUAUAUGAUCUAUUUAAUAUUAAUAAAACUGAAGGUUUACAUUGGACAGUUAAUAUUAUGCUUUACUUCGCACGUUAUUUUAAAUUUGAUGCAUUAUGUUUAUGA